GCUCCAUCGGGUGUCAGCAGCGAGCACGUAUCUGUAUAACAACCCAGCUCCAGUUAAAGUAAGCAAAGAGGCACAGCAGUAGCAAAGGGAAAAGAUUUCUCUCUUCUAAUACAGAUAAACUGCUUGAUUUUUGGCUUCAAGAAGGAUUUUUUUUUUGCUUUGGAGAAACAGACAGCAGAGUAAUCAGUGUUAGCUGAGCUCUUUCACUGAAUGACUUCAAGCAACCCUGCUUGUUGCUUUCUGAAAUGAAGAGCAGACUUUGUACGAGUGUUUCCAAGUCUGCUUUAAUGUAUGAAGUUCUGCUUUGAAACACCAUGUCAAAUGAAGCCAGUUUGGAGCAGAAGCUCUCUACAACAACCCUCAGUUCGGUUGCUGUUCAGGCUGGGAAUGCCAGUAUUGUUAUAGCUGUGUUGAAGUGUGGAAAAUGGGUGAAACUUCAGCUGGCUGAAUCAACACCAAAUUUAUUAGAAAUUGGCAGCAAUCAAGACGAAACAAAAAAACUGCUACAAGAUCAUGAACUCCUCCUCACUAAACUUAAGGCUUUGGAAGAUCAGGUGUGGAACCUGCUGCAUGAAGCAGACAAGGCUGCUGAGGAGAAUAAGGAGAAGAGUCAGGUGUAUGAUGCCAUGGCAGAGACGCUUGGGGAUGCAUGGGAUGCCCUUGUAAUUAUGUUAAAGAAGAGACAGGCUCUUCUGGAACUUACUACAGUGUUCUUUGAAAAUGCUCUGGAGUUUGCUGUUAAAAUUGACCAAGUUGAAGAUUUUGUGAAAAAUGCUCAAGAAUUUGACGACAUUGACAAUUUAAGAGAACUCCUUCUGCAACAGGAGCAUCAUACAAAAGAGCUCUUGGAAAAAUCACUUGCUCUUUUGAACAAAAGCCAUGAGCUAACUGAAUUCAUCGAAGAAUUCAAACGUGAGGGACCAAAUGCAAAUCCUGAGCUGAUUCAGGGAGCCCAGAGCAGCUGCUUGAAAAUUGACAACCUCCUUGAACUCCUACAAGACAGACGAAGGCAACUGGACAGAUCUCUUAAACACCAGCGUCGAGGUCUGGAGCAGGUUCUACAGAUUUGUCUAUGGCAUCAACAAGAGAACCAGGUAACAUCCUGGUACAAGAAAAACAUCAGAGAUUAUCUUCAAAAGGAAAACCUGGGCUCAUCGUUAUUGGAAAACGAAGAGUUACUUCAAAAGCAUAAAGAAAUGGAAAUUAAAGUGAAAGAAUGGAACUUCACUGUGGAACAACUAGAAGCUGAAGCGCUUAAGAUCUUGCUUUCAGAAGACUACACAGAAAAAGAGCAUUUAAAUAUUUCGAAUCAGAAGAUCCAUCUGUUAAGAGGAGAAGUAUGUUGCCAUAUGGAAGAGAGGAAAGCCUUGUUACAAGAGGCCAAUGACUUUUUUAAUACAGCUGAUAAGGCAGUUAAUGCUCUUGAGAAUUACCUUAAAAUCUUUAACUCAGAAGGCUUGAGUUUGCCUGUCCUGUCAAUGAAGUAUGAAGAAUUAAAGGAAGAAAUUAAAGGCUGCACAGCAAGUACGUUGCAAAAAGGACAAACUUUAAUUAAUAAAGCAGAUUCUCACAGCUCUUGGGUAAUAGGGAUUCAGAGAGCAAUAGAGAAUGUUAAGAAAAAAGAGGAUCAACUGAUCAGGCAGUGUCCAGAUGAUAAAGAACUCAUGUUGAAGAAGCAACAGUGGACUGUCUCACUUGAAGAUCAUCUAAAUAAGGUACUGCAGUCAAUUAAAAAAAUCACCUCAAGGCUUGCAGUCGAUGUGGAGGUUGGUUCCCAUCUGUCAGAGUCAGAAAGAAUUUUGAAUGAACACCUUGAGCUGGCAAAUCAAAUAAAGGAAACUUCAUGUGAACUGGGAGAAGCUGAGGGAAUCAUCAAAGACAUGAAAGAGUUUGAACCUGAGCAAGUGGCAGCUUUUAAAACCAAAACUGAUUUCUUGAAUGAAGAACUGAAAAAAGCUGAAAGAAAUAUUUGUACAAAAGUAGAAAUUCUAACAACUUAUGUGGCCUUUUUAAAGUCUUCAUUGGAGGUGAAUGACUACAUUCAAAAUCUGAAGGAAUUCUAUCAAGCAGAGCCUCUGCAAACAAGCAGGGGGGCUGAAAAUAAAAAUGCAAUGGAGUCAGUUAAUACAAAGUGGCAAGAAUCUAUAGAGAAGUUUUUUUCCACUGAAAAUCUGGGUCGCGUUUUUCUUAAUUUAGUAAAUAUGAUAAGUGACGGCUUAAUAUUAAAAGUAGAAAAAUCUGUACAAGUUAUAGAAGAAACCAUUAUCAAUUUGAGUAAAGAAAUGAAAGAACUGACUGAUCUUUGGGCAAUCUGGAAUUUUAAAAUUAAUCAAGGAAAACCUGUCAGGCAACAGUGCUGGAUAUUGGAAGAGCAACUAAAUAAGACUACGCAAGGUCUACAGUUUCUUCAAGAGGCACUCACACUUACGUCAACAGUUGAUCUUGGAAGUUAUGUUUGUCUUGCCUUAGAACAACAAAAACUUAACCAAAUGAAGCCACAGUUUCAGCAAAUGAAUGCUGAGCUGGAGUACAUGAUGAAAUUAUUAGAGUUGCCAAGUCAGAAAGGAUUUCCUGUGAAGGAGAAUUCUGAAAGAAUAAGUGAGCUUAUUCACCUUCAUCAAAUGGUGAAGAGCACAAUGACAGAGUAUGAUGAGAUUUUCAACAAGACGCUUAAAUUCCAUCAUGUUAAGAAAGAACUGGAAUGUCUAUCAAAAUCAGGAGAACUGGAUUUUCCGGAAAUUGCUGUGGUCCCUGAAGAUGUGCACCAUGCCAAAGCUUACCUUUUGAAUGCUCAAAAGAAACAUAUGCAUAUCAGACAGCUUUAUAAGCUGGCUAUUGACCAGGGAGUGGAUAUCUUGUCUGCAGUGCAGAAGCCUAAUUGCUUGAAUGUUUCUGUGAAGAAUCUUAAACAAGAACUUGCUCGACUUGAGUGUGACAGCAUUAACUGGAGCUCCAAAGCAGAUAAGUAUGAGGAAGAACUAUCACAGCACUUCCAAUACUAUAUCAGUCAAGAGGAGAUUAAUGAGCUUAGAGAAUCAUUUAAGGACCUCAAAAAGAAAUUCAACAAUUUGAAGUUUAACUAUAUUAAGAAAACUGAAAAAGCUCGAAAUUUGAAAGCACUUAAAAUACAGAUUCAGCAAGUUGAUACAUAUGCUGAGAAAAUACAGAUUCUUAAAAAGAAGAUAGAUAAUUUAGAGAAGAAAUUAGUAGACGCUGCAACAAAUGAACACAAUGUUAGAGUCAUGUUGGUGUCAAUCAGUGAGUUACAAAAACAGCUAAAUGAUUUUGGCAGAGUUGUGGAGGAUUAUAAGCAAAAUCUGGGCCUCACGGAGCGUCUGCAACUCAUGAUGGAAGAGUGUCAAUUUUGCUUUGAAGAUGUUAGUGCAACAGUCAUUAGAGUUGGCAAGUAUUCCGCUGAAUGCAAAACCAGAGAAGCAGUGGAGACCCUCUACAAGCAAUUCAAUAAGUUUAUUGAGUCUACAGUGCCUCAACAAGAAGAGAAGUUUCAGCAGAUUAUAGAUCUGGCUGAACAGUUAUAUGGUUUUGAAGAAGGAAAUAAGUAUGUUGAAAAAGCUGUAUCAAAGUACAAAGAAAUCCUUAAUUCUGUUGAUGAGUUGUGUAGAUCGCUGAGAGAAUUUAGGGAGAUUCAGAAAGAUGACUUUGGAGAGCUGGUUACUGCUCAAAAAAAAGGAAAUAGUCAAGAAGAAUGUGAAGACAAAGCAGAUGAAGAAAAGCAUCAGGAGAGGAAUAAAUUGGCUGAUAUUCCAAUUAUCUGCCCAGCUGGUGAGGAUCUUGUUUCACAGGAUACAGAGCUGUCAUCUUCAGCCAAAGAGGAUAGUUUACAGACUGAAUUCCUGGCAGAAGAAAUACCCUCUGGAGAUGAAUACGAGUGUAUAUCACCUGAUGAUAUCUCUUUGCCACCACUUUCUGAGACACCAGAGUCUAAUCUCUUACAUUCUGAAACCGAGCUAGAAGAGCAACGCUGUUGUAGUUCUCAUAAUCUGCAUGCCAGUUCAUAUAGCUUGCAAAUGCAGAAAACCUCCAGUGAUAAAAGAUUGAUGGAAUCAUCUGAUCUCUUAACAAAUUCUGCUUAUGCUGAUGCUACAAAUACUAGAAUGGAAAGGCCAUCAGCUCAGCUUGAGAAGUUUUGUAUCUCUUCAACAGAUUCUGGUCCAAAAGUCAGAGCAGAUUCUCCUCUGCCUUGUAGUUUACAAGCAGUAUGUGAAGCUAGUGCUGCUUCCUGCACAAUAAGUGCCAAACCAGCAUAUAGCACAAUGAGUGAAGCGCGCAAAACACUUUUGCAGCACCUUGAAAUUCAUAAAAGCAUGGCAGAAACACAAGAACAAUUGCAUGACUCAAAUAACUGUACUAAAACCCAGGACAGGCUGCAUGCUUUGCCUGAUGCAUUCUCAGGUUUCGUCUUUCAAUCAGACGCCACCAGAAGCUGUCAGAGGCAGAUGGUCAUCCGAGAAGAGAUUAAAAGUACAUCAGAAAAGAACAGCAUGGCCUGCCUAACUGGACAGGCUCCUAACUUCUCCCAGCUUCUGUCUAAUGUAACCGUCAUGGAAGGUUCUCCGGUAACUCUGGAAGUAGAAGUAACAGGAAUCCCAGAGCCUACACUGACAUGGUACAAGAAAGGCCAGAAAGUGACUGCUGAUGAGCACUUAAAGCUUUCCCAAAAGGAGACAAAGCAUACUUUAUUCAUUCAGAAGGUGUGUGAUAAUGAUGCUGGCCUCUAUGUUGCUCGGGCUAAAAAUUCUAGUGGCACUAUAUCAUCAAGUGCUAUUCUCCGUGUGCAAGUACAAGGAAGAUGGCCAAAUUUCAUACAGAAAUUUGGACACACAACUCUUCAAGAAGGAGAAGAUUUAAUCCUGCAUUGCACUGUACGUGGAAAGCCCAUACCACAUGUCUACUGGAGCAAGGAUGAUAUCCAAAUAGUUGCUGGAGACAUCAGUACUGAGAAAUUAGGAGAUAACUACUACCUGUUAAAAAGAAAUGUAGCUCUUGCUGAUACUGGGAAGUAUAUCUGUGUUGCCAGCAAUGAAGUUGGAAAGGCAUGCUGUUCUGCUAUAGUAACAGUGAUAGAGAAAAAUAAAAACCCAGAACUUUUCACUGUAAGUCAGGCUAAAUCAGAAUGGGAAAAUGGGUACUUCUCAACAAAAGGGGAUGUCACCAUAGCUGAACUUGUACAAGACCAGGACAUGUAUUGUGUGAGAGGCCAAAUGCCAGUCCUUAGGCAUCUCCCAGUAAGGUUUGAAGAGAAACUGUGGCUUCAAGGAGUGUAUCAUGAGCUUGUGAGACCACCAGAUAUUAGCUUCAGUCUGGAACAUGUUCCUGGUUUACUUCAGCCUACUGCCAAGGAUCAGAAGAUGAACUGCGAUUAAUGAGGGAGUUCAUCUUGUUUCCUGUGUCCCUGUGUGAUGAGAAAAUGAAUAUUUGAGAGCUAUUUGAUGUGUAUCUAGGUUGAAAUUUAUAUUUGAUUUCUCUAUAAAUCGUUAUUAAUAAAACUCACUAAUGCCCAGCAGUUAUUAA